AUGGAUGCGAUAAUCUUUAAUAUAUUUGGUGAUCUUCCAAUAAUAACCAAGUCAUGGGUCCUCGGAAGUGUGGCGGUCUCAGUCGUAACUUCAACUGGGAUAGUGGAUGGAGCGAAAACGCUAUACAAUUACGAUCUUGUUUUCCAUCGGGGACAAUAUCAAAGAAUAUUGUACUCACUGUUCAAUUUUGGUGAACUGAGCUGGGUAUCCAUGAUUAAUAUAUUCAUUACAGCCAACCAUCUCACGAUACUGGAGAAUUCGCUUACCACCAAAAGGAGAUUUCUUUGGAUGAUGUUUCUUAUGCUUAGCUGUAUACUGAUUAUGAGCGUACACACACAGCCGACCGCCUCGUUGGGCAGCAUUUUACACGAGAAUUUGCUCUACUACAUUUUCAAGAAAUCUGGUAACCAAAUGAAUAUUCCAAUCUUUGGGGGUAACGAAUUGAUGUUCCUGAUAUUACCACUCUACAUGUACGGAAUGAUGUAUUUCGUAAUGAAGAAAUCCCUUUUUGAGAUAUCGAUGAAUUUUCUACCCGCACACAUAAUAUAUUACUGCGAUAACGUGUUCCAUAAACUUUACAACAUCGAUCUUUGCAAGACGCCGUAUGAUAUUUGGAAGGAUUGGGGAAACGAGGAGAGAAAUAGAGAGUAA